AUUCUCACCCCCCAUAUGUCACGCUAAAUGAAGCCAAAAAGAUAUUCCCAAUUCCUCAUUUAUAUAAUCAAGUCCAACAACUCCCUAAUUAAAUUAAAGUUAGUUUCAACCCUUCAUCAGAAUCAUCACCAUCUUAUUUAGCAACUAUAAACUUUUUAUUAGUCUUCACUAAUUCACUCUCCAUCUACCUCCAUAAAACACAUCCCUUGAUCAACCGCGCGCAGCUAUGGUGGAAGAGCAAGCCCGCCCACUAGCGACUCCGAUCACCGAUCAAAAACCGAUCCGACCCACCAAAACAAGGUGUUGCACGACCCGUUUUUUAGUAUGCUCUCUAACCACAAUAAUCUUGUUGAUCAUAACCAUUAUAAUCCUUGUUUUAACAGUGUUCAAGGUCAAGGAUCCAAUCAUGACACUCAACAAAAUCUCCCUCAACCUUAAAACUAACAAAGCAAACGGUCAAGUUCUCCAGCUCGGAUCCAAUAUCUCAAUGAUCGCUGAUGUGUCGGUCGAGAACCCGAACCAGGCUACCUUCAGGUUCAGUAACACCACCUCAAGCAUUUACUACAAGGGGAUCAUGGUAGGAGAGGCCCAUGGACCUUCGGGUCAGGCCCGGCCCAGGCAUACCAUGAGGAUGAAUGUAACAGUGGAUAUUAUUACAGAAAGGAUUAUCAUGGCUCCGAACCUAAGUAGUGAUAUAGGGUCGGGCCUGUUUAGUAUGGAUACCUACACCAGAGUUCCUGGAAGAGUGAAACUAUUGCUGAUUAUCAAGAAAAAUGUUGUUGUGGAGAUGAAUUGUACAGUUAAUUUUAAUAUUACUAGCCAAGAAAUUCAAGAUCAAAGUUGCAAGAGGCACGUUGACUUGAAUCUUUAGAGUUAGGAGAUUCGAAGUAUAUAGGAACAUAAGUAUUGCAUCGUUGUCAACUUUUCUCGGGCAAUUUCUUUAUUUUUACUAUUUACUAUACUAUUCUUUUCUCCGGAUCAAAAUAACUGUUGCAACUGUUUACUGUAAGCCGGCCAGUAAUUGACGAGUCAUUUCCAUUUUGUUUA